UGGGGGCAGUUGCGGGGCUGGGACACCCAUGGGGGCGGCUGCGGGGCUGCGUGGGGCUGUGCGGGGCUGCUGACACCCGUGGGGGCGGUUGCGGGGCUGGGCCACCCAUGGGGGUGGCUGCAGGGCUGCGUGGGGCUGCUGACACCCUUGGGGGCGGUUGCGGGGCUGGGACACCUGUGGGGGCUGCAUGGGGCUGCCGACACUCGUGGGGGCGGUUGCGGGGCUGUGACACGCGUGGGAGCGCGCCGCGGCCCCGCCCCCCCGCCGCGGCCCCGCCCCCCCGCCCGCUCCCGCCCCCCGCCCGCCGCGGCCCCGCCCCGCCCGCUCCCCGCCGAGCCCCGCCGCCGCCGCCGCCGCCGCGCCCGCGUCCCUUCGCACGGUUCCGCGCCGCUCCGCCGCUCCCGGCGGGCAGGGCCCGAGCCGCGCCGCGGUGGCCGCCCAUGUGCCGGUCGCCGCCGGCCUGAUCCCCCCGCACAAAGGCGGGCUGGGAGGCGACGGGCCGCGCCUGCCCAUGCACCGUGCGCAGCCCCCUGCGGCGGCCCGGUACCGGGCCAUGAGGGCGGCGUAGCUCCCGCACGGCCCGGCGCGGCCGGGGGGCAGCCGCGAACCGGCGGCAGACGCGGGAUGGCAGGAGGCGGGGGCGCCCCCCGUCGGGCGGGCGGGGCGCUGCGGGCGGCCGGCCGCCUCCCGCCCUUACUGGUGCUACUGGUGCGACUGGUGCUGCUGGCGGGGGCGACGGGCGAGGAGAUCAACGCGGAGGCAUGGCUGCGGCUCUACGGCUACCUGCCGCAGCCCAGCCGGCAGAUGUCCACCAUGCGCUCGGCUCAGACCUUCUCCUCCGCCCUUGCCGAGAUGCAGAAGUUUUACGGCAUCACCGUCACCGGCGUCCUGGACGAGGAGACCAAGGCGUGGAUGAAACGUCCCCGCUGCGGGGUCCCGGACCAGUUUGGGGCGCGGAUGAAGUCCAACAUGCGGCGGAAGCGGUACGCACUGACGGGGCGGCGCUGGAGCCAGAGCCAUCUCACCUUCAGCAUCCAAAACUACACGGAGAAGCUGGGUCGGUACCACUCGUACGAGGCCGUCCGCCGAGCUUUCCGGGUGUGGGAGCAAGCCACGCCGCUGGCUUUCCGGGAGGUACCCUACGAGGAAAUCCGACAGAAGCGGAAGAAGGAGGCCGACAUCAUGGUGCUCUUUGCCUCUGGCUUCCACGGAGACAGCUCCCCCUUCGACGGCGUCGGGGGGUUUUUGGCUCACGCCUAUUUUCCUGGUCCUGGCAUGGGGGGGGACACACAUUUCGACUCAGAUGAGCCCUGGACGCUGGAGAACACAGAUGUUUCUGGGAACAACCUUUUCUUGGUGGCCGUGCACGAGCUGGGGCACUCGCUGGGCUUGGAGCACUCCAGCAACCCCAGCGCUAUCAUGGCCCCCUUCUACCAGUGGAUGGACACGGAGAACUUCCAGCUUCCUGAGGAUGACCUCAAGGGCAUCCAACAGCUGUACGGUACCGCGGAUGGGCACCCUCAGCCCACUGAGCCUUUGCCCACCGUGACACCUCGGAGACCUGGCAGGCCAGACCAGAGACCCCCUAAACCGCCCCCACCGGGGAAACCGGAGCGACCCCCCAAACCCGGCAGCCCAGACCGACCUGACCAGUAUGGCCCCAACAUCUGCGAUGGGAACUUCGAUACGGUGGCAGUGCUGCGUGGGGAGAUGUUUGUGUUCAAGGGCCGGUGGUUCUGGAGGGUCCGACACAACCGGGUGCUGGACAACUACCCCAUGCCCAUCGGGCACUUCUGGCGGGGCCUCCCUGGGGACAUCGAUGCCGCCUAUGAGAGGCACGACGGGAGGUUCGUCUUCUUUAAAGGUGACCGGUACUGGCUCUUCCGAGAAGCCAAUCUGGAGCCCGGGUACCCACAGCCUCUGGUCACCUACGGGCAGGGCAUCCCCUACGACAGCAUCGACACGGCCAUCUGGUGGGAACCCACGGGGCACACCUUCUUCUUCCGUGGGGACAGAUACUGGCGCUUUAAUGAAGACACCCGCUCGGUGGACCCUGGGUACCCGAAGCCCAUCUCCGUCUGGACGGGCAUCCCUCCCUCACCUAAGGGUGCCUUCCUCAGCCCGGACGCCUCUUCCACCUACUUCUACAGAGGCACAAAGUACUGGAAAUUCGACAACGAGCGGCUCAAGACGGAGCCAGGUUAUCCUAAAUCCAUUUUACGGGACUUCAUGGGCUGUCACAUGGAGCUGGUCCCGGACCCCCAUCCCCGCUGGCCCGAUGGGGACCGACCCCCCUUUAACCCUGAUGGGGACAGGCGGGCCGAUGGCGAGGAGGAGGAAGAGGAGGAGGAGGAAGAAGAUGAGGAGGAUUACAGCGAGGGCGGCCACCAGCCAGGUGGGGACGUGGACGUGGUGGUGCAGAUCGACGAGUACACGCGUACCAUGAGCGUCGUCAUGGUGCUGGUGCUGCUGGUGCUGCUGCUCUGCAUCCUCGGCCUCAUCUACGUCAUCGUCCAGAUGCAGAGGAAGGGCGCGCCCCGAAUGCUCCUGUACUGCAAGCGCUCCUUGCAGGAGUGGGUCUGACCCUGGCUCCCUCCCCAACCUGCCCCCACCACCAUGGUGCUAACGAUGGACCUGAUCUCCCCCUCUCCUGCCCCUCCCCACGGCCUCGUCCCCUCUUGCCCUGGGUUUGUUUGAUGGCUCCGGCCUCGGAAAACGGGGGAAUGCUCCCCCCCCAGCCCCCCCAGAGCAGCCGGGCUGGGACUGGAGGAUGGUCGUGGCGGGGCUGGAGGGCAUCCAGGUCCUGCCUGCUCCCCAGCGGCUGUCCCCCGUCCCUGGCUGUGACCCUCAGGUUACCACCCAUUGUGUUGCGCCCGCCUCUGCCACAGGGUCCCAGCAGGGUCCCUUUCUCCCCCCGUGAAUGUGCUGUGGCUGUGCUGCGUGGGGCGGUGAGUGGGUUGGGGGCUGCUCACAAGUGCUGUGAGCUGGCAGGUCUCAGCUGCUGGCACCUGCCAUUGCAGGGAAGCAUAAGGGGGGAAGGGAGGGUCGAGCUCCCGUCCGUGUUUCCCGUUGAACCGCAGGGAUGUGGCACUUAAAGAUAGCGCGAGGGGGGGACACUCCACCUUUGCAACCCCACCCCCCCCCCAUGGGCUCAGCCCAGCCCAGCCCCUGCCUCUGCCACGGGGCGAAGCCCUGGGGACAGGCGGUCCUGUGGGCAGGGCAGCAGGCACGGCCACCUUGUACGUGUAUUAAACGGGUCGGGUGCGUGGA